GGUUACACUCGCCUUUUUCAAGGAGGCUGUUUGAAAGCGGGAAGGAAGAGGUUGCAGACCGUCCUGAAUGCUCUGACUAAAAUCUUGAUUUGGUCAUGGUCGAUAAGACAGCUCCUGCGUGCCAGCUUCGCCUUGAAUGGGUUUAUGGCUAUCGUGGCCACCAAUGCCGCAACAAUCUCUUUUACACCCAAAGUAACGAUGUGGUGUACUUUGUUGCUGGUGUUGGCGUUGUCUACAGUCCGAAAGAAAGGAGACAAAGAUUUUUCUUGGGUCAUACAGACGACAUUAUCAGCUUAGCUUUGCAUCCAGAAGGGACUCUUGUUGCAACUGGGCAGGUUGGAAAAGAUCCAUAUAUUUGUGUUUGGGAUUCAGUCACUUGUGAAACUGUUUCUAUCCUGAAAGAUGCUCACCAGAGAGGAAUAUCCUGUCUUACUUUUAAUUCAGUUGGCACGCAAGUAGCAUCAAUUGGUUUGGAAGAUCAAGCACUUCUAACAGUCUGGGAUUGGAAGAAAGGAAAAGUGGUGGCAACGACUAGGGGACAUAAUGACCGGAUAUUUGAUGUCCAAUUCAACCCUUAUCAAGAUAAUCAGCUAGUAACUUGUGGGGUGAAACAUAUCAAAUUUUGGAAGCUAUGUGGCAACUCAUUAACAUCAAAGAAAGGAAUUUUCGGAAAGGUUGGCGAGCUGCAAACUAUUCUUUGCACAUCGUAUGGACCUAAUGGUGUCCUGUAUUCUGGGACAUUAAGUGGUGACAUUUACAAAUGGCAAGAUAAUAACUUGGUCGCAACGAUCCCGAAUGCGCAUUCGGGAGGUGUUUUUACCAUGCACAGCUGUCCAGAUGGCUAUGCAACGGGAUCAAAAGACGGAACUGUCAUUCUUUGGGAUACAGAGUUUAAGCCAAUCACAAAAGUAGAUCUGGCCAACAAUCCAAUUGGAUAUAAAGGUCUGUCAGUGAGGAGUGUUUGCUGGGGAGGAGAGAAAAUCCUUGCUGGAACAAACGGAGGGGAAAUUUUUGAGAUAACUGCUGCAGACAAAGACAAGCCCAUCACACUUGUACAGGGUCAUGCCGAAGGGGAAUUGUGGGCUUUGGCUUGUCAUCCCCGUAAACAGCUGUUUGUCACUGGUAGCGAUGACAAAUCUGUUCGUUUAUGGGACAUGGCUAGUAGAAGCUUGAUCGCUCGUGGGCAGUUUGAUUUGAAUAUUCGGUCAGCGGCUAUCAGCCCUGAUGGAAGUCAAAUUGCCAUUGGACACGGGGAUGGAUCCUUCAGGGUAUUAAAGGGAAGAGAUUUAACAGAAUUGUAUCACAUCAAAGACAGAAAGGAGGUGCUUCAUGAAAUGAAAUAUUCCCCAGAUGGUUCGCUUUUGGCUGUUGGCUCAAAUGAUAACUUUGUUGACAUUUAUGCCGUAAACGAACGGUACAAAAGAGUUGGCAACUGUAAAGGAAGCUCUAGUUACAUCACUCAUUUAGAUUUCUCAGAUGACAGCAAAUACAUUCAAACAAAUUCAGGGGCAGCCGAACGACUGUUUUACCGAAUGCCUGUGGGUAAAAGGGUGACGAAAAAGGAGGAGCUUGAUUCGAUUCACUGGUCAACUUGGACAUGCGUUCUAGGCGAUGAGGUGAAUGGAAUUUGGGAGAAAUUUACUGACACAACAGAUGUGAAUGCUGCGGAGGCUAAUUUUCAAAACGGGGUUAUAGUUACAGGAGAUGAUUUUGGACAAGUUAAGCUGGUACGAUUUCCUUGCAUCAAGAAAGGAGGAAAAUUUCGAAAGUAUGUUGGACAUUCUGCUCACGUAACGAACGUUCGGUUCUCGUGUGAUGGUACAUACGUGAUCAGCACAGGUGGUGCAGAUCAUGCCGUUUUCCAGUGGAGAUUCAUACCCGAGGGUGGCAUUGAUUCUGCUGCAAGUGAUGUGGCAAGCACAGUCGCUGAUCUUGGCGAUUCAUACGAUGAAGCAAGCGAUUCUGAUUUGUCUGAUGUGGACCCUGUUGACAGUGAUAUUGAGCAGGAAUUAACCAAAGACUAUGGCAGAACAAUUUACAAAGAAGACCUUCCAAAGAUCCAACGAAAGCUGAAGGAUGCUGAGAAAAGUGACACGAAAGUUUCCGCCAAAAAGGCACGUGGGAAGUCACCUUCGAAGGGUGUCCAACUUAGCUUUGUGCAUGGGUACCGUGGCUACGAUUGUCGUAACAACAUUUUCUACAUGCAGUCGGGUGAAAUCGUAUACCACAUAGCUGCUGUUGGGGUUGUUUACAACAAACAAACGCAUUCACAAAGGUUCUAUUUGGGUCAUGAUGACGAUAUUCUGUGCCUUGCUAUUCACCCAAUGAAGGACAUCAUUGCCACUGGACAGGUAGGCCGUGAUGCGACUGUCCAUAUCUGGGAUGCUGAAAAGUGCGAGGUUCUAUCGAUUUUAAAAGGACAGCACGAGCGUGGUGUUUGUGCUGUUGAUUUUUCAGCCGACGGUAAAAGACUUGCGAGCGUGGGCUUGGACGACAAUCACUGUGUUGUGGUAUGGGACUGGCGCAAGGGCGAGAAGCUCGCGACAACCAGGGGACAUAAAGACAAAAUAUUUGAAAUAAGAUGGGAUCCAAUCAACACAGAUCAGUUGGUGACUGUUGGAAUGAAGCAUAUCAAAUUCUGGACUCAAACUGGAGGUGGAUUUACAUCUAAAAGGGGGACUUUUGGCAAAGAGGGAAAAGUGGAGACUAUGCUUUGUUCAUCGUUCUCAAAGACACCAGGGAUGGUCUACAGUGGAGCUUCCAAUGGCUCGGUUUAUGUGUGGGAAAACGGAGUGUUGAAGCAGAUCGUUGAAGCUCACAAAGGACCCGUAUUUUCUUUGCAUUGUCUUGAAAAGGGUUUUGUAUCAGGUGGGAAAGACGGAGUUGUUGCUUUAUGGGACGAGAAUUUCAGCCGUUGCCUGAAAACAUACAAGAUUGCAAAAGCCAAUCUAGAGAAGAGCUCCGUUUUGCUGGAUGAUUUCCCACCUGUUAGAGCUGUCACGUUAGGCCAUGGAAAGAUUCUUGUUGGUACACGAAGUAGCGAGAUAAUGGAAAUCGACAAAGCUGGUCCUGUUGAAAUCCUUAUACAGGGACACGGAGAAGGAGAAGUAUGGGGAUUGGCACAGCAUCCAUCGGAGCCAAUUUGUGCAACCGUUGGUGAUGACUGCACUUUAAGGGUCUGGAAUCUAGCGGACAACAAGAUGAUCAAAAUCAGAAAAUUUCCCAUUGCUGGGAGGUGUGUCGGUUUUUCACCGAAUGGCAAAGCCAUAGUCGUGGGCAUGAAAAAUGGAAGCUUUGCAGUGGUUGAUACGGAUUCUCUCAGUGACAUGAUUGGUUUUCAUCACAGAAAAGAGGAAAUAUCAGAUGUCAAGUUUUCACCUGGUGAAGGCAAGUACCUGGCAGUCGCAUCCCAUGACAAUUUCGUUGACAUAUACAAUGUUUUAAACAACCAAAGAGUUGGUAUCUGCAAAGGAGCGUCGAGCUAUAUAACACACAUUGACUGGGAUAUUAAAGGUAAACUGAUCCAAGUCAAUUCCGGUGCCAAAGAACUGUUGUACUACGAAGCACCGCGUGGCAAGCGAAUAACCAUCACUGCAACGGAACGCGAGAAAAUCGAAUGGUCCACUUGGACAGGAGUUCUUGGUGCUGAAUGUGAAGGAAUAUGGCCUAGGGCGAGUGAUGUCACCGAUGUUAAUGCUGCUGAUCGCAGUAAAGAUGGAACCUUGCUUGCAACAGCAGAUGAUUUUGGCUUUGUCAAGAUUUUUGACUUCCCAUGUAAGGAGAAACUUGCAAAGUUUAAAAAAUACAAUGCACAUUCUGCUCACGUAACAAACGUAAGAUGGUCUCAUGAUGACAGCUGCCUGGUAACCGUUGGUGGAGCUGAUCUUGCUAUGAUGGUUUGGAAUAACCUGGAUGAGACAGCCCCUACAUCAGGCACAGGACAGGUCGACGCUGCGGACGAUGACACCGAUUCUGAGGAGGAGAGUGGCUACGAUAGCGAUGUAGAGAGAGAGAAAAAGAUCGACUAUUCGUCAAAGAUUUAUACCGUGUCUUUGAGAGAAUCUUCUGGUACCAAACCACAGCACCAAUCGAUUGAAGAAAGUCGCAAACCCGCAGUGAGUCGGGCUUCCUCCCGCCAUCGGGUUCAGCGAAAGGAGGCUGCCUCUCCAGAAGGCAAAAAGAAGAAACACACUGAUGUACAGGACUUGAAGUUGGAAUUCGUGUACGGCUAUCGAGGAUUCGAUUCGCGAAAUAACUUGCAUUACCUUUCCGAAGGUGAUAUUGCCUAUCAUGCAGCAGGCGUUGGUAUUGUUUACAACUCUUCAACAAACAAUCAGAAGUUUUAUACAGAGCACACAGAUGACAUCAUUUGUUUAACUGUCAAUCAGAAUCCUAAAUUCAAGAAUGUUGUCGCUUCUGGCCAGAUUGGUAACAGCCCCGCAGUGCACGUGUGGAACGCAGGAAAUAUGGAAACACUGUCUAUUGUCCAGGGCUUCCACACAAAAGGUGUAUGCUCUGUCCACUUUAGUUCCAGUGGAAGGUACCUUUUAACAGUCGGACUGGACAACGAACAUUCUAUUGCUGUGUGGAAAUGGGCAGAAGGUAGCAAAGUUGCUUCAUCUGUCGGUCAUUCGCAUCGAAUCUUUGUUGGUGAAUUCCGUCCUGAUUCUGACAUAGCGUUCGUAACUUGUGGUGUAAAACACGUCAUGUUCUGGACCGUUGCUGGUGGAUGUUUAGUAGGGAAGAAAGGUGUUGUAGCCCUACCCGAUCAAGAUGUCAAAAUGCAGACAAUGUUAUCUGUUGCUUUUGGAUCCAACGACACAACGUUCACAGGUUCAAUGAGUGGUGAUGUUUUCGUAUGGGUGGGAACGAGUCUUACCAGAGUUGUUGGGCAGGCGCAUUCUGGCCCAGUGUUCACUAUGUACACGACAAUCAAAGAUGGGCUUAUUGUUACUGGUGGCAAAGAAAAGGAACCAGCUGCUUCUAAAGAAUGUGGUCCUGUUAAAAUCUGGGACCAAGAAAUGAAGAGAUGUCGUGUCUUCAAUCUUGGACCUGGCUCCAAGCAACCCAUACCAAGAGCUGUUUGUAGAGGAGGUGCUAAGGGUGCAUUAUUAGUUGGAACACAGGACAGCGAAGUUUUUGAGAUCAAUGAAAAGUCAGCAGCACCACAGGUGUUACUGCAUGGACACUGUGAAGGAGAAAUAUGGGGUUUGGCAUCACACCCUGUGAAGGAUGUUUUUGUCACAGGCAGCGAUGAUGGGACUGUUCGAUUAUGGGAUGCCUCUACAAAGACCAUGGUAAAAAAGGCAUCUUUGGGUGGAGCAAUACGAUCUGUGACAUAUUCUCCUGAAGGUGACAAAAUCGCCAUUGGUAUGAAGAAUGGAGAAUUCUCCAUACUCAGUGCUACAUCCUUGCAAGUUCUCGGUAAAAAGCGUGACAGAAAUCAAGCAAUUCACGACUUGAGGUUUAGUCCAGAUGGUGAAAUACUUGCUGUUGGAUCUGAUGAUAAAACUGUUGACUUUUACAACAGUAAACCUGGUGGAGCACUGGCAAGAAUUGGUUAUUGCAAGGGAAUUCCAAGUUUUGUUAUUCAAAUGGACUUUUCUGCUGAUGGGAAAUACAUACAGGUUUCAACUGGUGCGUACGAGAGGCUCGUUUUCUCCGUUCCUGGCGGUCAGCAUGUAACAGCUCAAGAUAAAAUAGACUCUAUCACGUGGGCGACAUGGACAAGUAUGCUCGGUAAAGAAGUUCUUGGAAUUUGGCCCAAAAAUGCGGAUAAAGGGGAUAUAAACUGCACUGAUCUUUCCCACCAUGGAUCAACAUUGGCAACUGGAGAUGACUAUGGUUAUGUCAAGCUCUACAGCUUCCCUUGCUUCGACAAAUCGAUGAAAGGGAAAAAGUUCGUUGGGCAUUCAGCUCACGUGACUAAAGUCCGCUUUUCUCACGAUGACAAAUAUUUGUACAGCACUGGCGGUGAUGAUUGCUGCGUUUUCGUUUGGAAAUGCAGCUGAGCACUCAUAGCAAUGCACACGGGAACUUUUUUCAAUAUACUAAUGGUCGUUUUAAUAAUAAUUGAACCGUAUUUUGACUUGAUAUCAUUGAAUUUUGUGGACCUUUGUUACGUGUAGUGAAGUUAUUUAUUUUUAGUACGUUUUGCAUACGAAUACUGGCAGUCGUAGUCAGGGCCGCGGAGAGGAUUUGUAGGCCCUGGGUCAAAACAAAAGAAAAAAGCAAGGCACACCGGAAGCGACCCUUUAAAGAGGUCUGGGGAAACUUUUUCAGACGGCUGUUGCUAAAAUUGCGGCUACUUUGGUUGCUGAAAUUGCGAUGAUGGCUAUUACUUCUCUAGUCUUUUCAAUAUAGUUAAAGUAUGACUGGUACACUAUCGUCAGAAUUGCAUAUUUCUUAGCUAUAAAAUAUGCAAUUCUUUAAUGUCGGAAUUAUUAUUAUUGAUGUUAUUGCUAAGAUAAUUAGGCGAUUCAUGUCAAUUGGCGAGAUAUGGGAGGGGUUCAGUAUUCUUUGAUUAUACACAAGGUUGAAGGAAGAUGACCUAGCAAAAAAGGAUGGCAUAUCUCCUAACAUCACCGGGUAGUCACUUUUUCUAAGGAGCAUCAACCAAUGCAGCUGUUGAGCAAGCUUUAGCCUUUGAAUUUGCAACGUUUAUUUUCCAAUAUUUUCAUUGCAUUAAGGUUGUUUCUGACUUUGCCUGCUAGUGUUGCAUCAGCUGAAAUGUCGUUCAAAUUGUCCAAAGCAACUUAAAUUUCCGAAAAAACUUUACUAAAGCCCCAUAAUUGACCCUUUUACAGAUGCAAAGACUUGGAAAUUGUUUUGUUAACUAACUAGAAAAUUACCUAAAGCUACUAGCUCUGUUUGACAAACAUAAUGGGGGUAUUAAUACUGUUGCUGCUUCUACCUUAUUUUAUUUAAAGGUUUUUCCUAUUAAUUUUUCUAUUAUUGAUAAUGGAGACACUGAA